AGUAAAACAAGACAAUAUUUGUUUUGAAAAGGCUCAUAGUGAUAGAUGUCCUUCACUCUGAACAAAAUUAUGUUCUUCUAUGUGGUUGCAAAACUUUUCUUGUUGCUGAGUAUUGACAGCGCUUCGUCGUCUUCCACAGAAAGUGGCUCGUGUGAAAAUAAAUUUCAGUGCGAAUAUAACGUGUUAAAGAAACUGAUUCAGCUUGAGGAAAUCACUUCCGUACAGAGCAAAAGAGUGGCAACGCUUAUUGAAGAACUCAAAGAUGCAAGAGAUACUAUCGCCCAGUUGAACAAAACUAUUCAAACAAACCAGAAGUCAGCUGAUGGCACUACAUACGUAAGAUGGGGGAGAACAACAUGCCCAGAUACUGCAUAUCAAGUUUACACUGGGUACGCAGCAGGGUCUCAUUACACACAUAGUGGAACAGCUGUCGACCCUCUGUGUCUACCAAAGAAUCCUAUAUACGACAAAUAUAGUCCUGGAGUUUAUGAUGGUAUUAUAUACGGUGCAGAGUAUGAGACAAGCAGUCAGUCAUCAUGGAAACAUCUACAUGACCAAGACAUUCCGUGUUCAGUGUGUAGAAUACCAAGAAAUAACUUGUUGAUGGUACCAGGACGAAAUAUCUGCCACGAAAAUUACCAACUGGAAUACAAGGGCUAUCUAAUGUCAAGCCAUCACAAGAAUGUAUCACCAUCUCAGUUUAUCUGUAUUGAUGACGAGCCGGAAGUGUUACCUGGUGGUCAUGCCAAUCAUAAUGGCAAAUUAUUCUACUUCGUUAGUGGCAGUUGCGGAUCUCUCAAAUGUCCGCCAUAUAGAGAGGGUUUGGAGCUCACCUGUGCUGUUUGUUCAUAUUCACCUAAUGCCAAGUCUACAAAUAUCCAGCCAUAUAAGUAAUUGGCGAAAAUGGUUAUGGUUUUGAAGAUAUCUUUUAUUAAUUCGCAAUUUCAAGUGAUUUUAAUGGACAUCACAUCUGCUAUGUAAUAGCAACCUUUAUCGAUCAAUCAUUAUUUCAACAAAUAUGCUUGACAUAAUGUAUGCUUUGAAUAUCUAGUACCUGCUUAGAUAAUUUUGUCAUUCAUCAAAGAUUGUCUUCAUAACAUAUUCAACAGUAUUUUAAUCAAAAUAUGUGUGUUUUAAAUAAAGUUUCAUGAAAGAAU